UCGUUGUUUUUUUUUGUCAAAUGAUCAUAAACAAAAUUUUCAUGAUCUCGUAGAGCAAAGUGCGAUUAGAAACUUUAAAUACAGUUUUGUUUCCUCAUCUAAAUAAACAGUGCAACAUUUAAGACAAGUGUUCUCAGGGGGAAGAAAACAGCUGAACGGAUAUAUUAUAUAUUAUUUAUAUUUAUUAUACUAUGUAUGCGUGCAUGUGUGAAUUAAUUUCACAUACCACAAGCUUGAAACCAAAAUAUGUUCAUUUCGUUUUAAAAAUUUUAUGAAUAAAUGAAAUUUGCAUUAAGUGUAACAAUGGAAAUUCUCACAAGAAGGCGCUUAUAAGUUGUGUGAGCUUUAAAACGAGUGAAGAAAUCAGCUGAUUCCCAGUCUCUUUUCAUUUAUAAAUCAAUCAUAUGGUUAUGCAAUGGUUGCGUUGUUUUCGUUCAGAACUUUUUUUCUACUAGAUUCCUGAAAAUACUUCUUGUGAAGCGAGGCUUUUUCAAAAAAUGUGGAAAAUUCUAUGCUUAACAAUUUGCAGUCUGUUCGCUUUUCAGAACACGAAAGCUGGUACACAAGACUUUCCACCCAGUACCGACAAGUCUGGCCUUUAUGAUGAACUUCAUGGCGUCAACUAUGCCAUGAAUAUUGGUCUAAACGCAUUUGAUCCGUAUGCAUUCCAUCAACUAUUGACCAAUCAAAUAUUAGCUCACCAGGCGGCCAUACAAAAUGCUAUUGCUUCCACUUACGCAAUGGGAGAUGCUACAGUAACUGCUUAUGCUUCUAAUUUACCUCAAAAUCUUGAUCAGAUACAAUACCAAACCUAUGAGAAUAUAGGUAGUAUGCCGAAUGUAAACGAUUACGAUUUUAGAGGCGAUAACGUUCCAAAUUAUGUUGCUUCUUCCGCUUCCAUAGGACCAGAUGGCUAUUAUCAAACUGCUUAUAUUACACCUGAAAAUCCGGAUACGCCGAAUAUUGUAAAUCGUUUUGGCUCUGUGGAACCUGGCGGUUUGAAGGGCGUUUCGGUGAGUGCGUUUAGCUCCAGUUCCAAUAUUAAUGGCAAACAAAGCAAUUAUCGUGAAGCUCAGACAACAGUGAAUGAUGGUAACGGACACAUCUCUACAUAUAAAGUUCACUCUUAAUUAUUAUUUUAACUAAAAUAAUUAAAUUUUAUUUUAAAUCGCA